AUGUCGUCUCCAGUCUUCACCGACACGAAUCUAGACUACGAUGAUGAAUCAUGGGACCAAAGUGUGCAGAUUUACGAUACAUGGAAGAGCAAGCUUCUCAAAAGGGACAACCUCCUCAAGAUUGGGAAACUAAUAGACAAAUACAGAGGUGGCGUUCCCGACACGCUGUCAAGUCCCCAGAAAGGAGCCUUCAAUGCCUGGAUUCGCUUGAAGUUUGUCGAUGGCGGCUCAGCAGUCAUGCGAAUUCCACUACCCGGGAAGACAAUGUUUCCGGCAGAGAAGACCCAACGUGAGGUGGAUGUGAUGCGAUAUCUGUCGGACAAGACCAGCCUGCCGGUUCCCCUUGUACUGCAUUUGGGCACAGCUGAGGAGAGUCCAAAUGGGCUGGGUCCCUUUAUCAUCAUGGAGUUUAUCGAACACGAAUGUGACCUCGUUGAUGCGCUCAAUACACCGGAUAUCCCAUACGAGGAACGGCCAAUUCUGGAUCCGUACAUAUCCAGCGAACGACUCCAUUUUGUAUACAGGCAAAUGGCCGAUGUCAUGCUCCAGUAUUCCAAACACACCUUUAUGAAGAUCGGAAGCAUCUCAUCUUCCGACGAAGGUGAUUCAUGGGUUGUCAGCCACCGCCCUCUGACAUUGAACAUGAACGAGCUAGUCCAACUAGGCAACGUCUCCCCGGAUGCUCUCCCCCAAGGCCCAUUCGAAACGUCGACAUCUUACUACACAGCACUUGCCUCCAUGCAUAUAGCACAUCUCAAAGCUCAACGUGUUAGUGGGAUGCAAGCCACGGAAUUCCGGCGAAAAUACAUUGCGAGAUGUCUCUUCCAUAGACUGGCGAGGGAGGGCCGAUUUUCCAAAUACGGCGACCGAGGGCCAUUUCCUCUGGUCAACGAUGAUUUCAGGCCUGCAAACGUCCUGUCGAACGCCGAAUUUCAGGUCACAGGAGUAGUGGACUGGGAAUUCACCUACGCGGGGCCUCGCGAAUUCGCUUACAGUGCACCAGUCUGGCUUCUUCUUGAGCUGCCCGAGUACUGGCCGGAUGGACUGGACGAUUGGACGCACGUCUACGAGCAACGCCUUCCCAUCUUCCUAACGGCAGUGCGUGAGAGCGAAACCGCGGCCAUCAAGGGGGGGACAUUGCGGGAAGAACAAUGCCUCUCGCAAUUCAUGGACGACAGCUGGAAGACGGGUGAUUUUUGGGUCACUUAUGCGGCAAGGCGAUGCUGGGCGUUCGACAUGGUUUAUUGGGUCAAGAUUGAUAAAAGGUUUUUUGGAGUUGGGACCGUCGAUGAUCGUCUGGAACUUUUGACUAUGGAGGAGAAAACAGAAUUGGACCAGCUGCUGAACAGGAUGUUCAAAGCAAGCUUGAUCGACUUCCUCGGCGCAUGGUUUUACCCUUCUACUGAAGAGCACGCGCCUCUGCGACAGCGGGAAAAUACUGAUCAGGAUGUGUACAACCCGAGCCGGUAUCUCUAA